AAAAAAAAAAACAUUAAAUCCCAAAACCAAGGUUCAUGGCACCAAAUGUGCCUAGUGUUCCAGGAUAUAAAGUCAUUUCCACUGAUGAACUGAGCGCAGGUUUCAGUUUACUGGGAAUCUGUGCAGUUGGCUACAGCACCAUGUCUCAGGGCUGUUUCAUCUGUCUCUCCUUAUAUGCUGUGAUUGUGCUCUUCAUCAUCUCGAGCGUCAAUGGACAUGAAGAGGAUCCAAUUUCAAAAUGUCUUCAAGAUGAGGACUAUGAAGAGCUUCUUGAAAUAGUCGAGGAAGGCCUUCCUCCGUCAAAGAGCCCUCACCAUGUGGCCAUCGUUGGUGGGGGCAUUGCUGGACUUACUGCAGCCAAGUUUCUAGAGGAUGCUGGACAUAAGGUUACAAUCAUAGAAGCAAGUAAUCGAAUAGGUGGAAGAAUUCAUACAUACAGGGAUAAAGAGGGCUGGUAUGCAGAAUUUGGUGCCAUGAGGAUCCCAAACUUCCACUGGAUUCUCAGGAAUUUCACAUUAAAGCUGGGUCUGAAACUGAACAAAUUCAUCGAAGAAGACAUAAAUACUUACUAUUUCAUCAAUGGGCUCCUUCACAAAACUUACAAAGUGAAACAGAAUCCUGAUGUGUUAAACUACCCCUUAAGAGAGGAGGAGAAAGGAAAAUCGGCCAGUGAACUUUUCAGCGAAUCCUUGUCGAAGAUACGAGAAUAUGUGAAAUUAAAUGGCUGCAAUGCAAUGAUAGCCAAGUAUGAUUCAUACUCCCUUAAGGAGUAUUUGGUGAAAGAUGUUAACAUGAGUAAAGGAGCCUUGUGCAUGAUUGGAGACAUCCUUAAUGAGAACAGCUUCUACUACAUUUCUCUCAUGGAAAGUCUGUACCUGCAGUCUGAUAUAAAUGAUGAUACGACAUAUUAUGAGAUCUCGGGUGGCUUUGAUAAUUUAAUCAACAAGUUUUACGAACUCCUGAAUGCCACAGUCCUCCUCAACUCAAAAGUCAAAAGCAUCAGUCAGACAGAACGCAACGUGACUGUGUUUUAUGAACAAGAGCACAAGUCAUCCUUUUUGACCCAGCAAACGUUUGACUAUGUCUUGGUGACAGCGACAGCCAAAGCCACUCUCUUCAUCAAGUUCCAGCCUCCGCUGACAUCCUUGAAGAUGGAGGCCCUACGCUCAGUGCACUACUCCAGCUCCACCAAGGUUGUGCUGAGCUUUAGCCGCAGGUUCUGGGAGGAGGACGACAACAUUUUUGGUGGCAGAAGCAUUACAGAUUUGCCCUCACGCUUCAUCUACUACCCCAGCCAUAGCUUCCAGGGGAAAGGAGGAGCCCUCCUGGCCUCCUACACCAUCUCGGAUGACUCUACGCUCUUCCAAGGAAUAUCCGAUGAUGAGCUGAAGUCAUUGGCGCUGAACGACUUGAUGAAGAUCCACGGAGAGCAGAUCCAGGAACUCUGCACUGGAGGUGUUGUGAAGAAGUGGGGGUCGGAUCCAUACAGCCUUGGAGCCUUUGCUAUCUUCACCCCUUAUCAACAAUCUUACUAUGCUAAAGCUCUGGCCAUGAACGAGAACAGGAUUUAUUUUGCUGGGGAACAUACAGACAUGCCUCAUGGCUGGAUUGAGACUGCUAUGAAAUCUGCUCUCAGAGCAGCUAGGAACAUAAACAAUGCUGUAUAACAAGAAACUCUACAACUAAGAAUUUGGUUCAUGUUGGCACGCAAAUGGUUUAAAGCAGAGGUAUUUGUACUGUGCGGUGUGAAGUAAAAGAAUGAUUUUUGAAGGAAUAGCAGUGGGGGGAUGAGUGUGAUAGAAAAUAUAAAAAAGUAUAUAUUUAAAUGAAACCUGCCAAGCUUUAUAUAUUUUAAAUGCAAGAGCUCCACAUUUUAACAACAGAACACAAAAAUAUGCCAAAACAGCAGUCUUUUUUCCCCUUAUACAAAAUAAAAACGCCUGACGAGCUAAUCGAUGUGUGAUUCCAAAACGAUUGAACGUUGUGCAGGUUAUUUGACCUCUCAGCUUGAAAGAUGUGCUGAUGUGUCAUUUUUUAAGUUCAUUGAUAUUAUAUAAAGUCGAUCAAUGUGGCUCCAAUUUAACGAUCAUUACAGAAGUAUAAGUAAUCAGUUAAAGCGAGACGACCUUUCGAUUUCAUAAAAUCGGUGAAAUUUAAUGCCCUCUACUGUAAAAUUUGGUCAUUGUGAUGUAUGUUUAUUUCUGUAAUAUCUCACCAAAUAUCAGGCCAUUCUGUGGCUGGGAAGUUAUUUAAUUUGAGGGAUUAAAGCAAAUAAUGUGCAUGAAAUUACUCACUUUGUGCAGUCAAGCAGACAGAGGAAGUCCGUGUGCGCAUGCGCAGGUUUACCUUUGAUCACACCGAGGUGCUCGCUGACUGCCGAUUAUUUAUUAGUUUCAUCCUGCGUUUCCUUUCCUUCACAACAUAACAUCUUUUCUUCUCGCUUUCUGUUACUGUAGUCGGUCUUUCACGUUUUAUUCGCACACCCACGUCCUCCAUUUUUCUCUCCUGUUUCAAAUUUGUAUCCCACAAUGCCUUGCAUGAACAGGGAAAGCCCACCACAUCAUGCAUGACAUAGUAUCUUGAAUUGGGUCAUGGUGAAGCAGGAAAAAAUAGCAGCGAAUUUAGGGCCAUGUGGCCUUAAAUUCAUUAAUUGCUCAAUUUAAAAAAAACAAACAAAUGAAAUUGGAAGUCUGUGAUUCGAAUUCAGUAGCUUUCGGUCCACCAAACAAAAAUAACUGGGUGUCGGGGAAAAUUCUUUCUAUGACCUACACUUGAAAAAUCUGAAAGGCAGUCUAGCUUUAACUGUAUUUAUUACAGAUGCCACUGAAAUGUUUGAGCUUAAAUUUAUUCAGGUUUCCCAACUGAAAGGGGAAAAAGGCUGAAAAUUUUGACAAGGGGAAAAAAAAACACUAGGCUGAAAAUGUGGUGUAAAAUCUCACAGUUACGAACAGCUUUGAUAAUCAUUAUACCUGGAAAGUGAUUUGAAAUGUUGUUUGUUUGCUUUGCUAUGAUGGUCAGAAAGCAUCCCUGUUUCAGGAGGGACAUACAGUAGACAAAUGAUUUGUUAAAGCAUUAUACUGAUAAUAAAUGGUUAUGUUUGUA